AUGUCAGCCAACUUAUACAGGUCGCCUUCACAGGCAGCAGUCUACAAGUCACCAUCCAUGAGCGCCUUCGGUGCCCCAUUUGGCAGUAUGUCCGUCGCCGAUCUUGGCUCCCUUACUCGUCUCGAGGACAAAAUCCGACUCCUCCAGGAGGAUCUCGAAUCUGAGCGCGAGCUCCGCAACAGAAUCGAACGUGAACGUGCUGAUCUUAGCGUUCAACUUAUCGCCCUCACUGAUCGUCUCGAAGAUGCCGAAGGAACAACCGACAGCCAGAUCGAAUCAAACCGCAAACGCGAGGGUGAACUGAUCAAGCUGCGUAAGCUGCUCGAAGAAUCGCAGCUCGAAUCCGAAGAUGCUAUGAAUGUGCUGCGUAAGAAGCAUCAGGAUGCCUGCCUUGACUAUCAGGAUCAGGUCGAACAGCUGCAGAAGAAAAACGCCAAGAUCGAUCGCGAACGUCAACGCCUCCAGCAUGAAGUGAUCGAACUUACUGCUACAAUCGAUCAGGUUCAGAAGGAUAAGCAUGUUGCCGAGAAGGCUGCUGAGCGAUUUGAGGCACAGACGAUCGAACUUUCCAAUAAGGUGGAGGACCUCAACAGACACCAUGUUGCCGAGAAGGCUGCUGAGCGAUUUGAGGCACAGACGAUCGAACUUUCCAAUAAGGUGGAGGACCUCAACAGACACGUGAAUGACCUCGCCCAGCAACGUCAACGCCUUCAGGCUGAGAACAACGAUCUCCUCAAGGAGGUUCACGAUCAGAAGGUACAGCUCGACAACCUGCAACACGUAAAAUACACUCUUGCUCAACAGCUUGAGGAGGCCAGACGUCGUUUGGAAGAUGCCGAGCGAGAACGCUCCCAGCUCCAGUCUCAAUUGCAUCAAGUACAGCUUGAACUCGACUCUGUACGCCAAGCUCUUGAUGAAGAAUCUGUGGCUCGUUCUGAUGCUGAGCAUAAGCUGAACUUGGCCAACACAGAAAUUACCCAGUGGAAGAGCAAAUUCGAUGCAGAGGUUGCUCUCCACCAUGAAGAAGUUGAAGACCUGCGCAAGAAGAUGCUCCAGAAGCAGGCCGAAUAUGAAGAACAGAUCGAGAUUAUGCUCCAGAAGAUCAGCCAGCUCGAGAAGGCUAAGAGCCGACUCCAAUCCGAGGUUGAGGUGCUCAUUGUUGACCUCGAAAAGGCCCAGAACACCAUCGCCAUCCUCGAAAGAGCCAAGGAGCAACUUGAGAAGCAAUGCGCUGAACUCAAGGUCCGCAUCGAUGAAUUGACCGUGGAGCUCGAAGCUGUGCAACGUGAACUUCGCGCUGCUAAUGCCGAACUACAGAAGAUGAAGCAUCUCUACGAAAAAGCCGUUGAACAGAAAGAAGCUCUCGCCAGAGAAAACAAGAAGCUCCACGAUGAGCUCCAUGAGGCUAAGGAGGCUCUUGCCGAUGCUAACCGCAAACUGCACGAGCUGGAUCUGGAAAAUGCCCGUCUCGCUGGCGAAAUUCGCGAACUUCAGACUGCCCUCAAGGAAGCCGAUGCUCAACGCCGCGAUGCCGAAAACCGUGCUCAGCGUGCUCUUGCCGAACUCCAGGCCCUGCGCAUCGAAAUGGAACGCAGACUUCAAGAGAAGGAGGAAGAAAUGGAAGCUCUUCGCAAAAACAUGCAAUUCGAGAUCGACCGCUUGACCGCCGCUUUGGCUGAUGCUGAGGCUCGCAUGAAGGCGGAGAUCUCCCGACUGAAGAAGAAGUACCAAGCCGAAAUUGCCGAGCUCGAAAUGACCGUCGAUAACCUGAACCGUGCCAACAUUGAAGCCCAGAAGACGAUCAAGAAACAAUCUGAACAGCUCAAGAUCCUCCAGGCCACCCUCGAGGAUACUCAACGCCAACUCCAGCAAGUGCUCGACCAAUACGCUUUGGCUCAGCGAAAGGUCGCUGCCCUUUCGGCUGAACUUGAAGAGGCUAAGACCGCUCUUGACAACGCUAUCCGUGCUCGUAAGCAGGCCGAGAUUGAUCUCGAAGAGGCUAAUGGACGUAUUGCCGAUCUGUCUGCUAUCAACAACAACCUUACUUCGAUCAAGAACAAACUCGAAACCGAACUCUCAACCGCCCAGGCCGAUCUCGAUGAGGUCACAAAGGAACUGCACGCUGCUGAUGAGCGUGCCAACCGCGCACUAGCUGAUGCUGCUCGCGCCGUCGAACAAUUGCACGAGGAACAGGAACACUCCAUGAAGAUCGAUGCCCUCCGCAAGUCUCUCGAGGAACAAGUCAAGCAACUCCAAGUCCAGAUCCAGGAAGCCGAAGCCGCCGCACUCCUUGGUGGAAAGCGUGUCAUCGCCAAGCUCGAAACCCGUAUUCGAGACCUCGAGACCGCUCUUGAUGAGGAAACCCGCAGACACAAGGAGACCCAGAACGCCCUUCGCAAGAAGGACCGCCGUAUCAAGGAAAUCCAGCAGUUGGUGGACGAGGAGCACAAGAACUUCGUUAUGGCUCAGGAUACUGCCGACCGUCUACAGGAGAAGUUGAGCAUCCAAAAGAGGCAACUUGCCGAGGCCGAAUCCGUUACAAUGGCCAACCUGCAGAGAGUGAGACGAUACCAGCACGAGCUCGAAGAUGCCGAAGGACGUGCCGAUCAGGCUGAAUCCAGUCUACACCUGAUCCGCGCCAAGCACCGUUCAUCUGUUGUUACCGGAAAAGCCGGAGCUAGCAAGGUUAACUUCGAAUAA